AUGCUGUACUACACAGGUCUCCUUAUCGCAGCACUGUAUCUGGGCAAGCUUUCAGACCACAUUGUGGAGCAUUCAUACUUUAUAAAAAACUCACGAGGUCUGUCACAGGAUAAUGAGAAAUGGAUUGUCCAUGCCCUCUCUGUCUUUGCUUUGAUUAUCGAAGCUGAAUCGGCAAUACAUCCACCGGUGAAGGCUGAGCUGCACGUUACACAUUCUCGUGUAAACGCUCAGCGUAGAUUCUUCUUCAUUUUUGUCGUCUGCGGAUUAGGAUACGGACUCGGACGGAUCACAGAGAGAUUUUAUGCAUUCAGAUUCACGUUAUGUGCAGGUUUGGGACGUUUACACCUUAGCGAGCACCCUAAUAUCCUGGCCACGGUGAUGGGGGAUGUCGCCGGGACCAUCGAGGCGCUGUUGUUGAAGACGCAAAUCCUCCAGCCUGUAGUCGAUGAGCCUAACGACGGAGAACUCUCUGAUCCGAUCCAGAAAGUCCGCUUUGGCAGAUUGCUUGUCGAGAGCAUUGUUUGCUAUUUUGUUUGGUCUUUUCUCCCUCCUACGAUCCAGGAACUUGUUGGCCCCAGCGUAGUCUUCGAGAAAAUUGCCCUCGUCACAGUAUAUUGGACAGUCAGCAAACGGACGUUAAACGUAGGAGACCGUGUCGCCGGUGCCGCGAUUGAAUCACUGUUUUGA